GCAUAAUAAAGAAGGAAAAAAUAAUUAUAUUCCUGUUGGAAAAAGGAGCUCGUGAUGUUACACAGUGAUUGAGGAUAGUAAAAAUUGGGCUGUUGUUAAACAGCUGCCAAGAGUUGCAGAAGAUGGAGGAUGUAGUUAACAUGGUGGAGUGCAAAAGAGAGGGAGCUAAGACUUAUUGUGUCACCGGAGCCACUGGUUAUAUUGGGUCCUGGUUGGUCGAAUCCCUUCUUGAAAAAGGCUGCAUAGUUCAUGCCACAGUCCGAGAUCCAGCAAAGAUUCCGCACUUUCUGUCACUAUGGACCGGCUGUGACCGACUAAGAUUGUUUGAAGCUGAUCUUCAAGUAGAAGGGAGCUUUAACGAUGCUGUUAAAGGCUGUGAUGGUGUAUUUCAUGUGGCAGCUUCAAUGGAAUUUGAUAUCCCUGAAAAACACAACAUCGAAACUUACGUUCAAUCAAAUAUUAUUGACCCUGCGAUCAGAGGGAAAUUAAACCUCCUCAAAGCUUGCUUGAAUUAUGAAUCAGUGAAAAGGGUUGUUUUAACAUCCUCCAUUAGUACAAUUACUGCCAAAGACAGUGAAGGAACAUGGAGGUCAGUGGUUGAUGAAUCAUGUCAGACGCCCAUUGAUCAAGUUUGGAGUACAAAAGCCAGUGGAUGGGUGUAUGUACUCUCCAAGCUAUUGACAGAGCAAGCAGCAUUCGAAUUCGCAAAGGAAAAUAACAUUGAUCUUGUUUCUGUAAUUACAACUACUGUUGCCGGACCAUUUCUGACUUCAAGUGUUCCAUCAAGCAUUCGCGUCCUCUUGUCACCUAUAACAGGUGAUUCCAAGUUCAUUUCAAUACUGUCUGCUGUCAAUACCAGAAUGGGAUCAGUUGCUUUAGUUCACAUUGAAGACAUAUGCAAUGCACACAUUUUUCUGAUGGGCAAUGCUAGAGCAGAAGGUCGAUACAUGUGUUGCGCUAAGAGUUGUCUAAUGUCUGAACUGGUCAAGCAUCUAAACCGAGUGUACCCUUCCUCAAAUUUGCAAAAAUUUAAUGGGGAGAAUCACAGUGCAGUACCUUCUGAGAUUUCUUCGGAGAAGUUAAAAAGUUUGGGUUUUACUUACAAGCAUGGCAUAGAAGAUAUAAUUUGUCAAACAAUAGACUAUUGCAUGGAUUGCGGCUUUCUUUCUCCCAUUAUAAAGCAAUGUUAGGUGCUACUAUUGAUUCUGUUAUAUGUAAGAGGAGUUAAUGAGAGAAAAUUCAAACAUAAAUAUACUUUGUGUUUGGUAUAUGUUUUCUCACCAUUCAAGAUCUCAAAAUUCAUUAAUGUCAUUAAUAUUUUGAAGAA